CGGUAGACAAGAAGUAAUAAAGGCGUGUGUCUCCCUACCACAACUGAAAGCACAAAUCUUCUGCCACAGUUCUAAGAACAUAACCAAGACAGAAUGCUGCUAUACAGAUUUCUGCAACAACAUCACCAUUCACCUGCCCACAGGUAAGCUAUGUUUGUUAGGGUAAAGAAAUCUGCUACUAUCCUAUGCUUAGCUGGGAGUGCUUCCCAUUGAACACAGUGAGACUUGCUUCCUAGUCAGUGUGCAUAGGUUUGAGCAGUGAAAACAAUUUGUGGGGUUUUUUUGUUUGUUAAAACACUAUUUCGGGAAAUCAAAUUUGAAACCUGCCAAACGAAUGAUUAGUGGUACAACUUGUUUCUUUUUUGCUUUCUUGGAAAUUCCUGUCAAUUGUUCAAGGCAAGAUUUUGGAUUUUUGUUCUUGCCUUGAUAAAAGGGUGGCCAGAUGUAAUAGGCAGCAGGGCUCCCACACCUUUAAUAGUUGUGCAAAACAGGGAAUUUCAGUUUGAAAGCAGCACCUGGUGUUAUUCCCUCUUUCAGAGCCCUCAGUGUGUGGGCUGAACAAUGUGGGUGGAGACGCUCCUUCAGGUCUACUGGGCUGAGGCUGUUUAGGGCUUUAAAGGUCAGCACCAACACUUUGAAUUAUGCUCAGAAACAUAUUGGGAGCCAGUAGGACAGGUGUUAUAUGGUCCUGGUGGCUGCUUCCAGUCACUAGUCUAGCUGCCACUUUCUGGAUUAGUUGUCCACAUAGAGCGUACUGCAGUAAUUCUAGCUCUUUAGCCCUACUUCUACGGAGCUUGUGAGUUUUUUGUGCCCGCUGCCCAGUCACAUCCCUCUAGGCAAAUCUGUGAACUUUAGUAGCACUUUAGAGAAUUAAUGUAGCACAGCAGCCAUUUCUAUAAAUGAUUAUAAUAAACUGCCGUAGCUAUAAAGAUUAUUUAUCUUAAAACUUGACUUUGACCUUUUUCAGUCAUUCUCGUGUGUGUGUGUGUGUGAGAGAGAGAGAGAGAGACUUUUUUUUUAAGGCAACAAGAUUGUGAACCAAGUAUUAAAGGGAAAUUACUAUUGUGGUGAGGGGACAAAACAGAAUUUUUUUAAAAAGCAGUGGAUAUACCCCCAGUUUAUUUUAAAUAGUCCUUGGAGGCUAUUUUGAAUUUCAUGCAUAGUAGCAUCAUGGUAAACGCUGCAGAGUUUCCCUUCUGUUUUUGUUCUAUGUGUACAUCAGGCUCACAUUCCCAUCCCUGCCUUCAAACUGUGAUCCUGUAUCUGGGUGUUGCUUAGCUUCCUCUCUUCUUGACCUUGCCUUGACCCAACUUUUGGUUCUUAUGAGCAACAUUGCAGGGCGUUGGGCUAGGCGGCCCUUUUGGUCCCUUCCAGCUCUACAAGGAUUCUGUGAUCACUCCUUCAAACAGAGGAUUAUCUUAUUUAAAGUGGGACACAUGCCACUUGCGAGAAGGCCAAAUAAAGAAGGGAGAAAAGAAGCCCUCAGUUGAGAUGCACAUGAGGUCCAGAUGCUGCAAGGAAAUCAAAGCUGGGCCCUGUGGAACUGACGGUGGUUAUAACUGUACCAGUAUGUGUCUUGUCCAUAGCUUUAAUGCUGACUCUGUGCACACAUCAAGGCAACAACUGCAGAUUCAGGAAGAAAAGAAGACAAAACAUUGAAGAGCCUCUAUCUGAAUGCAGUCUGGUGAACCCAGGGAAGACUCUCAAAGAUCUGAUUUUUGAUAUGACGACGUCAGGUUCUGGAUCUGGCUUGCCUCUGCUUGUCCAAAGAACAAUUGCAAGAACAAUAGUUCUUCAGGAAAUAGUAGGAAAGGGUCGAUUCGGCGAAGUCUGGCGUGGAAAAUGGUGCGGAGAAGACGUGGCUGUGAAGAUCUUUUCCUCGAGAGACGAAAGAUCUUGGUUUCGUGAAGCAGAAAUCUACCAGACCAUUAUGCUGAGGCAUGAAAAUAUCUUGGGUUUUAUUGCUGCCGAUAACAAGGAUAAUGGGACUUGGACUCAGCUGUGGCUUGUCUCGGAGUACCACGACCAAGGUUCUUUGUUUGACUACUUAAACAACAACACUGUAACAGCCAAUGGCAUGAUCAAGCUGACAUUUUCCAUAGCGAGUGGCUUAGCCCAUCUUCACAUGGAGAUCGUUGGCACUCAAGGCAAACCAGCCAUUUCCCACAGAGAUCUGAAAUCUAAAAACAUUUUAGUCAAAAGGAAUGAAACCUGUGCCAUUGCUGACCUGGGACUGGCUGUCAAGCAUGACUCUCUGUUGAACACGAUUGACAUACCUCAGAAUUCUAGAGUGGGAACAAAGAGGUACAUGGCUCCAGAAAUACUUGAUGACACGAUGAACAUAAGUAUCUUCGAGUCCUUCAAGCGUGCAGAUAUCUACUCUCUUGGGCUGGUGUACUGGGAAAUAUCCCGAAGAUGCUCAGUUGGAGGAAUUGUUGAGGAGUACCAGCUACCUUACUAUGAUGCUGUGCCUUCUGAUCCUUCAAUAGAAGAUAUGAGAAAAGUAGUCUGUGAGCAAAAACAUAGACCAAAUAUCCCAAAUCAGUGGCAAAGCUGUGAGGCACUCAGAGUAAUGGGCCGGAUAAUGCGUGAGUGCUGGUACGCCAAUGGGGCAGCUCGACUGACAGCGCUUCGCAUUAAGAAGACCAUUUCUCAGCUCUACGUACAAGAAGAUUCCAAAGCUUAGAUUUGCACACCCCCACAGAAGAGGAAAGGGGGGGAUUCUGUUGUUGUUUCGUUGUUUUUUGUUUCUUUGCAUUGAUUUUUCUCUCUCUCUCUACCUCACACGAUGCGCAGCACAGUAUUUAACAGCCCAAAGCAGAGUACUGGAAAUUAACUUCACUGGUUGUUCAAAGGUUAAUUUCCAGCUGGUUCAUGAUGUCCACAGACUGCCUUGCCUGGUCUUUUUUUUUGGAAAAUGGGAUCUGGUCCAUCCAAGUGGUCCACUGUGUUACUCUCCCUGUACCUGCCAUGCAAGCCGUUAUGCAUCUAAGGCACAGCUGAGAGAACAUGGAGAAUGUCAGGAUGCAACCACACCUAGGACUUUUGUAGUCUGUGCAGAUGGUAUGCAAAGUAACUGAAGAAACUAGAGCAUUUAAAGGUUUGCAUUCUAAGCGAAGCCUGAAUGCAAUAUUCUGCGUAUUUAUUCUGUGCUAAGAUAUAUUGCCUGCCCGAGCCACACUUCCCCGCCCCCUUCUGUAAAUCUCACAAGAUGAAUAGCUUUCCAGGUUAUCUAAAGAACUGUGACUUAAGCCACAAGACCUCACACAACAUAGACCUAGAGCUUUCUUCCUCAUGGGAUUUCAAGUGUGACUAUAGGCCAGAGAGGCAUGGCUUGGAAAAUCUCCAUGGGAUCUGGAGCAUUAAUGCCCACUUGCAGGGAUGCUGAGCUUCUCAAGUUCCUGCCAGCUUGCUGCAGGGUCCUCGAGCAGCCCCCUCUCCAUCCAGGGCAUGACAAGUGUCUCUCCAGUGGAUUGCUACUAUGUUGGGUAGGGAUUCCUGAAAACUGAAAUGUGCUAAGUAUAUCUGUUCUAGGCUAAGGUACGUUACGAGCAUUGUGUGACUGUAGAAAAUGUUUGCGAAGCACAUUUCUCUAGCAUCUCCAGCUACAACCAAGCACCUUGUGAAAUAACAUACCCCUCCCUAACAGCCACACUACCUGUUGUAUUGGCUAUGUAGCUGUGCAUUUAAGUUUAGAUGGUGGUGGUGGUGUUACAGAAAUUAGUAGAGCAGAGAGAAGGGGAAGGGGAUUUAAACCCUUUACUCCUUGCUGUGGUACCAUUUUUGGAUUGUCUCCACCCAUUCCUGCAGUUUUGCUUGGUGAUGAAUAACUCAUUUUCUUCAAUAAGAACUUUCUCCCUAUGCAAAUUGCAGCAACAGGGGACCCAAUCUAGAUUGGAACCAUAGGAAGGAUGUUAGUCCUCCCAUGCAGAUCUCUGCCCCCUCCAUUUCACACUGGAAAGCUGUAUUAAAAACCCUUCACUUGAAGGCACAGCCAUGUUGCUAAUGCAACAUGUAGUUUGGUCCCAAGACUUUAGGAAGCUGCUGUCAGUUGGUGUGGAUUAUAUUUAGCUUUGUGGACCAAUGAUCCAACCUGAUAUAAGGCCACUUUCUAUGUUCUAAACCAAGUGUGCUGUUACCCUUCAAACAAGAGAGAAUCUUGGACCAAAUUCAUUCAAGCAUUUCCCAUAUUGUAAACUAGUUGGUGCAAUGUGUAUAGAAUUUGUUUCUUGUUUGGUCUUUUAUUAACCAAAUAAGAGAGGCGUCCAAUCAAACACAUAUACUGUGAAACUUAAAGUUCUCAUUAUAUGUUGCCUUAAAAGUGGCCAUUUAUUUAAUGCUUCAAAUGUAAAUUUAUAGUUAAAUGUUAGAAACUGCAUUUUGUUACAUGUGUCCAGUUUAGUGUUCCAGAAUCUUAGCCAAGGACCACUGCUGUUGGAAUAAGCUUGGAUUGUGUGCUAUGUGGUGCCAAAAAAUAGAAUGAGGCUGUAGAAUAUGUCUGUGAUUCUUAAUGCAUUGGAGCAUGUCAGAUUAGAUAAUGAAAAUUUGGGUAUAUAUGUUCAAAGUUAAUUUUCCAUGAAAUUGUGAAUCUGGGAGGGUGAUGAGUCAUAUAUAUAUAUAU